AUGGGGAAUUGUUUGGCCAAAUGUUGUGGAAGGUUUGAUAAGAGGAGACAGUAUUUAAGGACCAGAUAUGAUGUUGAAAGAGAUUACUCUAUAGAGUUUGAGAAUUUAAUGGAUGAGGAUAAUAAUCAAUAUGAAGCAAACAGAUGUCAAUUACAAUUAACUAGUGGACCAUUUACUGUGUCAACAUAUGUCCGUUUGUUGUAUUUAUGUUUUGUUUAUUUGUCAAGGCCUUUGACUGAUCACGAAAAGGCGAUUUUAUCCAAACGCCAAUAUACAGUGUUGUUGCAUGAACAAAAGAAAAUUGAUCAAGAAAUUGAUGCAAAGCUAGCACAACAUGAGGAAGAAAUAAAACAAGAAGAAGAAGCAUUAAUUGAAGCUAAGAGAGAAGCAGCAAGAACAGCUAAAUUACAACGAGCUAAAGAACAGGCAGCCAAGAAAAAUGCUACAACCCAUGGCUCAAAAUCGUGGUUAGAUGGCAAUGAAGAUGAAUGGGAAAUAGCUGGUGGAGAUGAUGAUUUUGAGAUAUUUUUGGCUAGUGUUAAAGCUAGAUCACUAGCUGCUAGAACUCAGGCUCAACUGCGGCAGGGCUCAGGUGACGGACAGAGCUCUAGUAGUAGUUUAACCAAAGACAGAACUGAUGUCUCGUCACUAGAUUUAGAAUGGGAUCAUGAAGCAGGUGUUGUACCUCAAGCUAAACCUCAAUCUUCAACAGAUGACAGUUUAGAAGCAUUCAUGAAUGGAUCACAAAAAGACAGUCCUAUCAAUUCUAACGAUUUAGAAUGGGAUAAUGAUUUUGUGAGUGCUGAAGAUAUAGAGACAGAGCAAUUAAUAUCUAAAACUACAGAUAAAAAGUUCCCAAUAUUAAAUAGAUGA